CGUGCGAUCGGUAGGAGGAGUUGUGUGACCGUUACGUCGCGAUCAUUAACCAUGAACUUCCCACCACCACUGUCUACCCUUGUAUACCACUCCCAUCGAUUGAAAUAGCUCGACUACGAAGCUUUGCUCAACAAUAACCGUAGCCGUACUGUGAACAUUGAUCUGGGAGGGUUCAAGAAACUUAUAAGCUUACAUUGCACUGUUCAGGUAGAAACAGCCUGAGUCUCGUACUUUGCGAGGAACCCACUUCGCUGUGUAGCACAAAGACUAUGGCUGCUAUCCGACUAUUCGAUAUAACCUCAAAACUGCCUUCGAAGGCUUGGUCACCUAACGUCUGGAAAACGAGGUACAUUCUCAACUACAAAAACCUCCCAUACGAAACAACUUGGGUCGAGUACCCCGAUAUCGCUUCUACCUGCCUCAAAAUCGGUGCUUCACCCACUACUCGAGCAGGAAAAUACACCCUGCCAGUGAUUCAAGACACAAACACAGGCGCUGUCAUCUCUGAUUCAUGGAACAUCGUCGAAUACCUCGAAUCGACUUAUCCCCCUGCAAACCCCGAACAUAGUUUGAUCCCGCCCGGAACCCGAGGGUUACAAUUGGCGUUCUUAUCCGCAUUUCGAACACAGCUUCGUGCGUUGUGGCCAAUUGCGAUUCCUCAGGAAGUCGCGAUUUUGACUCCGAGGAGUGAGGAAUACUUUCGGAAGACGAGGGAAGAGUUUCUAAAGCCGGAGAAUUUGAAGGAGGAGAUGGUCAGAGGACAUUGGAAUCAACUCGAAAGGGAUUUGGGUGUUGUAGAUUCUUGGAUACGGAAAGAGGAUAUCUUUGUAAUGGGCGGAGGACGAGCUACAUAUCCGGAUUUCGUGGUGGCGGCUUUGAUGAUUUGGUGUAGGACACUUUGGGGUAGGGAGAGUGGGGAGUGGGGAGAGAGAAUUGCGAAAUGGCAUGGGGGUAGAUGGGGGAGGUUGGUGGAGAAGUUGCAAGAGUAUGAGAAGAUCGUUUAAGUGAUACGUGAGUGGCUGAAUAGCGCCGAAGUGCCAGCAGGGAACAAUGGUGUAAAGUUGUACGUUUGUAAAUUCUCCUCGUACUCAUACACAUUGGCUGUUAACUCAA